AUCCAAAACAAUAAUAAUAGAAAUAAGGGAGAUAUAACCUGUAUCCUGUUUAUUUCCACGCACCGCGCUGGGAGGUGUCAUGACUAAUUGCCUUUUCCUAGUAAUACGCCCUCAAUACCGCCUCUUGGCAGCGGAGUUGCACUGUUUUACCCCAAACAGACCCGGCGCUAUACGAUACCAUACACGCUUUCCCCUUCUGGUCCGAAGUUGGCGACGCUUUGCUCUUGAUCUCGCUGCGAAAGUUAUCUUGAAACGAACGACAUCCUCGAUUCCUGACGGUCAGCAUUCUGUCCAGUGCUUUGGUUCUGAUAUCCCGGCAUAUUGUCUUCUUGCUUCGUUGUAUAUUUAUUGAUCUUGUAUUGGUUGAGGUUGUUCCCCCCCCCCCCCCCCCAAGCAAGCACCGUUUCUAUUGCCUGUGCCCGCGUCCUGUCCUCGUCAUUUGAUCACCUUUGCUGGUUGAAGAGCGAAUCUCUGCCCUGCGUGUCUGCUGUGCGCAUUAAAUAACUUCCCUUGCCUGGGCUACAGAGAAGCUACAGACAGACUACAGACGUCUUGCAGGAAUCUCGCCCGUGGAUGGAUGGACCUAGCUAGCACCGUCCAUCACCUUGUGACCUCUUUUGUUUCAUUACGAGGCAGAACGACACCGCUCGACCCCCCGAACUGACAAUCCUUAGGGAAGCCGGAGACUACGACGACGACGACGACGACGACGAAGAAGAAGAAGUGUGUGUGUGAAAGACACAUACCAGCAAGAAUUGGGUGAGAAUAGUGAGAGGCGCAAGGCAGGAGGACAAGCACGGGAGAAAGAAACGGGCAGCUUUCAGUCAGACUUGCUUGUUACUUGAUAUCGUGUCUGCAACGCGCUUCAGACCCCCUCGAUCCACCACUUUACUCCUCCUUUCAAAACCUUUGGGCCUACCCAUAUUUCUCCGCUGGCAACGAAAAACUACAAAUCGCUCUACGCUAUUUUGCUUGCGUGCUUCCUUCCCGGCAUACAGCGUUCGCCCUGCUCCUCUGACCUCGGGCCCAAUACUUGUCAUGGAUAGUUGAUGCUGACGGAUGAGGCUAUAACGCUGCUUCCGGGCACCGCUCUAGCCGGCCUGGCCAGAGGCAAUUCUGUCUUGCUGUGGUUUACAUCGUUUCCUACUGUCUCCUUGAUACCUAUCUCGCCUUCAUUGGCCCCUGUACUUUCCCCCACCCCCGUGUGCUCCGGCAAGGACGCCACGGCAGAACGCCCCGCCCGCCUCACGGGAUACGCCAAUCCGUCAAUCCUGACGAAAGGGUUGUCCUGCAUAUCUACAUCGAGCCAUCUAUUAUCCUCCGUAAAACCCCUUGCUCGUAAGAAUCGACGUUUGACCGAACCACCCGGUGCCUCCUCGGGCGAUAUACAGUCUAUAUUAACGUACAAUGGCCGACAAUGGGGCUGAAAACACCCCCAAUCCGCCUCGCUUCCUCGCGCCUCCUGCUAUCGCCGCUCUCAGGCAGGAGGCCCGCGACACCUGUAGUGACAGUCCCUCUCCGCAGCCAAUGUCUCGUACGCUCAGCGAAGACUUCCGCAAAGAACGCCAAGACCUCAAGGAAGCCGCCGAGCAGACGCUGAAUGUUAUUGUUGACCUCGAUCUCGAUGGGCGCAUUAAGUGGGUCAGCCCCUCGUGGAAGGAGGUAGUUGGCACGAACGUCGAAGAUGUUGAGGGGUUGUUGAUUUCUGAGCUUGUCCUAGAUAAUAAGAUGGCGUUUGAGCAUGCCAUUGAGAGCAUGAAGAUCGAUGAUUCAAAAAGUCAUAUUGUUAGAUUUGCGGUGAAAACGGGGCCGGCGUCGUUCCUUAGGCGGGAGGCUGGGGAGGUGAGGGUGGAGCAUGUAGGUAGUGAGGGUGGUGGUGAGGGUGAAAGGGAAGAAAAAAGGGAAGAAGGAGAGGUAUGGGAUGCGGAAGCACCAAGGCAAGAGAAAGUGCAAGAGGGAGGUGUGGAUGUCUCUCAGCCUCAGGAGAAGCAUUCCGAACGUGAGAGAGAGGAGCAACAGGAGAGUGAUGAAGACUAUCAUAUCCUGAAUCUCGAGGGGCAGGGGAUUAUGGUUUUUGACCGGUCUCCGACUACGGAAAGUCACACUAUGUGGAUGCUACGGCCAUCUACUCAACCACGGGAAGUUACAAUCGAUCUUCCCCCACUCCUCGUCGAGUCGCUCGGCGUUGGCGCAGAGGUCCUUGCAAAUUACCUCACAGCUCUCGCGGAAGCGGGAUCUCGGGAUCCCUCUCACGUCCCCCUUCCCCCUCCGGUGCUAUGUCGAAUCUGUGAGCGCCAAAUCUCCCCGUGGUGGUUCGAGAAACAUUCAGAAUUAUGCCUGCAAGAACAUGGAGCGGAGAUGGACGUCCAGAUGGCACAGGACAAUUUAAACGAACAUCGCCACUCCAUCGUUAAGGUUCUAGAUGCUUUAGAAGCUCGCAAAGGCAGGUCAGCUUCUGGUGACUCGAGCCCCUUCGCCGGCCCUCAAGCAGAGUAUAAGGGUUUACCUAUCGGGCCCUUCAUACCUUCGUCGGGCAUGACUUCAGGCUCGUCCUCUUCUUCCGGAACACCACCACGUUCACGCGAUCCAUCGACGUCAGGUCUAGGUCAUAAUCGCACUCGCUCUUCCUUUGCUGUUCGACGACCGCUUGCGCGCAUUGUGGAAUUGAUUUUAGAUCUCUGCGACACUGCCUUAGAGAUCAACACACCAGCACUUAAAGACGCUCGAACAGACGUGGGAGAAGAAAUUCGAACACAAUCUCCCCAGUCGGAAUCGAGAAUAUCGCAAGUCAUGCAAUGGCAAUCUCCAAGCAGCAAUACCCUGGACCAAGAACAGGGUUUAGCAGCGUUAUCAGCGGACACCGAACGCUUUGCCCGUGCCAAGGUGGAUGCGGUGUUUCGCCAUCGGCAGAUUGUAGAGUAUAGUGAGCGUAUCCGCGUCGAGUUUACAGUUCUUGUCGAGGACUGUAUUUCUGCUGCCAUGAGUAAAGCGGAACGCAUUGCUGCAGGGGAACUGAGCGAUUCGUCAGGUUCAUCCUCAAGCGUCGCCGGAGAUUCUCAGGACGAAGGUAGAGAUUCAGCGUGGGCUCAGAUCCUCGAUGGCCCGUCUAAUACGUCUACUCAACCGUCCUCACUACCCACCCCGUCAGGAAUAACUGCUGCGUUGCGUGUCGGCUCAACUCCGCUAUUUACUCCUGCCUCCCAAUCAGAAAGACCACAGCCUUCAUCUGUCGCUGUCUCGACCCGUUCCAGUAGUCCAAUGGAGUGUCCAACGCCUCGGUCUCAUAGGAGUGUUGGCGGUUUGCUAAGCCAUUCGCAACCAUCCAAGAGGGGCUCGUUGCUUGCCGAAAGCGACGCGGGUGAUAGCGAUAGCAGCAUACUCUCUUCCGCUUUCGUUGGGACUGGGACAUACCGGACUGAGUCUCCAACCUCUGAGCGGGGGCUUAGUCGUGUCACAAGCUCUAGAGACCGUAAACGCCAAAGCCUCAUACUGCCCGGCAUGUCGGUGUCUCCACGCAGAGAAUCCCCUGCCCGAAACCAACCCCAUUCUCCGCUCCGAUUAUCCAAACCACGGUUAUCCAUGGGCGAAAGCUUCACGUCACCAAUGACAUCCCCGCUGCUCAGCAACUCUGAGCUUGCAGCCCAUAAUACGCACCAAUACUAUCCACCAUCUUCCCAUCAUCACCAUCGCAGACUGUCAUCUGCUACUUCUCCGGACCUGGCCAAGACUCCUAUUUCCCCGCAUCUUAGCUCGGUCAGCCACCCGCCACCACCACGGGCGGUUGCGCCUUCUAUCAAAGACUUCGAGAUCAUCAAGCCGAUUAGCAAGGGUGCAUUUGGUAGUGUUUACUUGUCCAAGAAGAAAUCGACUGCUGAGUACUUUGCCAUCAAAGUCCUGAAGAAGGCAGAUAUGGUUGUUAAGAACCAGGUUACUAACGUCAAGGCUGAACGGGCCAUUAUGAUGUGGCAGGGUGAGAGUGAUUUCGUUGCGAAGCUCUACUGGACCUUCUCAAGCAAGGAUUAUUUGUACCUUGUCAUGGAAUACCUCAAUGGCGGCGAUUGCGCAUCUCUGGUCAAAGUUCUCGGCGGUCUGACAGAGGACUGGGCGAAGAAGUAUGUUGCAGAAGUGGUUCUGGGCAUUGAACAUCUCCAUGAGAGGGGCAUUGUCCACCGCGAUCUGAAGCCAGAUAACCUCCUCAUCGACCAACGGGGCCAUUUGAAGUUGACCGAUUUUGGCCUUUCGCGGAUGGGGCUUGUAGGCCGUCAGAAACGUAUUCUCAAGAACCCCAAUGAGUCUGCGCCGGAUCUACUUAAGACGGGCCCGUUUACUCGUGCUACAUCGCUGGCAUCGUCGCGGUCGGCGUCGUUUGAUUUCCCGCCGACACAAUCACCAAGUUCCACGCCGUCUAUGACUCCUGAGUUCCCUAUGCUGAUUAACCAGCCGUCAUAUUUCAGCCUGAAUAAAGAGCAGUCGUUUAAUCGCGAAACGUCGAGACGUGCUUCGGGGUAUCGAAGUGACAGCGGGGGCAGUGACAGUUUGACGGGGAUGUUUAGAGGUUUUUCAUUAUAUGACGGUGGCGACACACCGUAUCCCCUGUCGUUUCAACCACAGCCGUCAUUCCCUCCACCGCAACAACAGCAACAACAAGGCCGUCCCAUCGAGGAGGAAACCCAGAGUGAAGGAAGCGAUUCUCCGCACCUAUUCCCAUUGCAGACGGGUACCAGUUAUCCAGCGUCCUCGAUGUCUGGUCAGCACAGUACUCCACCCCAGCAAUCUUUGAUACCUCCCGCCAUGGCCCUUUUCGACCCAGAGGAUCAUAAUCGAUGUUUCGUCGGGACACCUGAUUAUCUCGCCCCGGAAACUAUCAAUGGCGUCGGACAGGAUGAGAUGAGCGAUUGGUGGUCUCUUGGUUGUAUCUUGUUUGAAUUCCUCUACGGAUACCCUCCCUUCAACGCCUCCACCCCAGACGAAGUCUUCCAGAAUAUCCUUAACCGUAGAAUUAAUUGGCCUGAAGAAGCAGAUGAACUGGUAACGCCCGAAGCAAAGGAUCUCAUGAAUAAGUUGAUGACCAUUAAUCCAGAGGAGCGACUUGGUUCGAAUGCUUCUGAGAAAUAUCCCAACGGGGGCGCUGAAGUUCGUGCUCAUCCGUGGUUCGCGGAUAUAAACUGGGAUACGCUGUUGGAGGAUGAGGCACAGUUUGUCCCCGCUCCGGAGAACCCGGAAGAUACGGAAUAUUUCGAUGCUCGGGGUGCCACGCUACAGUCUUUUACUGAAGAGUUGGAAGACCAGCUAUCUCCUCCCCCCGCCGCUACAGGACCAGAUUAUCCUGAUAGACCCCACGAUGCUCUCUACAAGGUUCGCACACAGGUGAAUUCUCUGAAGCGCGGGCUGAUGCCGCUGCAUAUCCCGCCACAUGUGCGUGAUACUCGCAGCAGACGACUUAGCGAGCCGGUUUUGGCGGAUGAUUUUGGGAACUUUAACUUCAAGAACUUACCUGUGUUGGAGAAGGCGAAUAAGGAUGUCAUUCAGAAAUUGAGAAUGGAGGCUAUGCAGGCACAGCAAAGGCAAAUACCAACGCAUACGCCCGCCUCCAGCUCCGGUCCAUCGCUGGAGGGAAGCCCUCUGCUACCAAUGCCUCUGCAGCGGACCCUGUCACACAACAAAGCCACGAACCGCCCAGCGUCGCCGUCGAGUCUCAGUCAGGCGAAUUCUUCGUCCCCUAGUCGACCUUCACAACCUUCCUCACCGCUUCUGGUACAAUUUAGUACGGGCCAGAAUCAUGAGCGGAGGAAAACCUCUGGAUCCUCGUCAUUUUCCCAUCAGCCUGGCGGAUCGCUUCAGCCGGGGAGUUACCCUGAGCCUCCACGUUUAUCAACAAAUUUUAAGAUGAUGUCUACUUCCGCUACCUCAUCGCCUGUUAAGUAUGUGAAGCCGCCAACACCUUCUCCUGAUAAGUCGGGUGGUACUUCCCAGCCGCGCCAGAGCAGUGCACCGACCUCCCGAUCGAGGUCGCAGACUGUUGGUUCUCAGGAUAGCGAAGCGGCCCCUUCUAAAGAGCCGUUUGUACCUGGACACCAUAAACGGCGAAGUCAGUUGUUUGAUAUUUCACCGUCAUCGUCUGAUAAUGAAGAUCCACGGACCAAGGCUAAGGCGCUCCUCAAGGUCCAAAGGCGACGACAAAGUUCCAGACGGUUGUCGCAGAUCAAUCUUGCCGAGGGACCUUAUUUCCGCCCCCUGGAUGUUCUUAUAUGCGAAGAUCAUCCUGUGUCGAAGCUGGUUAUGGAAAGACUAUUUGAGAAGCUACGAUGCCGCACAAUUACCGCCGUCAAUGGAUCAGAGGCCAUGCGCUACGCACUUAGCGAAGUCCAAUUUGACAUCAUCAUGAUGGAAUUUAAACUACCACAGCUCAAUGGCGCAGACGUGGCGCGCAUGAUCCGUGAUACAAAGAGUGUCAAUACACAUACUCCUAUCAUCUGCUGCACGGGCUACCUCAAAGACCUUCCGGAAACACACCAUUUCGAUGCGCUCAUCGAGAAACCGCCCACGCUUUCCAAGCUCACUGAGGCCCUUUGCAAAUUCUGCCAGUGGAAGCCCCCGCCAAAGAAUCAUUCGCUUAGCCUCCCAGCGCAUCAUCCCAUACUACCUCCGGUUAGCUCCCGGCUGACAUCCUCAAUGAUGGCACCUGAUUGCAGCCCCAGCUCCACAUCAUCCGGCUUUGCAGUCAUCCCCACAAGUUCCUACCGCGGCUCCAGCCGCGAAGAUUCCAUCGGUAGCAGCUACUUUGGCGACCUCGACUCCAUUAAGCCCGAAGAAUUACCCGUUAUCAUUGGUCGCCAGGCUACGGAUGAGUGGGGGAAUGUGCAGGGCACUGGGAGCGGUGGUGGCGGUGGUGGUCUUGGUAUCUCCGAUGAGCCUAGCGUCCUAAGAUCAGACCCGAUAAUUAUGUCCUCACCACCCCAAAUCCCGCAAGUCCUCCAUGCAGCUUCCGCCCCAUCAACCGUUCCGGCUAUGGCAAUGACGAUGCCAGUGGUAGGCAUGCGUGCGCGGGGUACGCGCAACCAGCCUUCCGUCGAGGAUAUUCGCGCGAAGCGUGAGGCACACGGGCGGGGGAGGAGUAAUGAGGGGGCUGAGUCAGGGGACGAUGAGGACGAGGAGCUUGGAAAUUCCCAGUCGCAGAACCGGCCGAAGAGUCCGCAAACUGCGCCCGGGAAGGGCAAACGGUCAGGAUCCAAGUUGGGAACGGAGUUGAUGCGGACGAAUAGUCGUGGUAGCGUAGUUAGUGAUGCUGGCGAGAGGCGUUUAGAGGGUCCUGUUACUACCGCGGUUAGUUCACCCGGAGGCACUGCUACCGGUGGAGAAGUGACACCAUCGUCGCUUGUAGGUGCGCCCGGCCCGAGCGUUGAUGUUGUGGAGGAAAGACUUGCUGGCUUGCGAAUUGCGGAGGAUGGGUUGGAGACUUUGCCGGAGGAUAGGGAACAGGAGGAGUCGUGUGCGCUUACCGAUCCCCUUGUCACUACAAGUACCACCAGUGCCAAAUCGUCGGUUCGAAUACAGCCGCCGCUCUCGAUCUCUGAGAAAGUCGCCCCGGAGACGACGACUUCUGUUGCCUCGGCAGAGCAAUGGCAGGGCUCUACAGCCCAAUCUCAACCCUCACAUUCCAAGUCUACAACCCAGGCUCCAAAAACUCCAUCUACACCCCCACCCCUACCUUCAGCGCCACCGUCAACAGUCAAUACCGAACCCGCGAUCACAAAAAUCACACCACCCGGCACAACCCAACAAAAGCAACUACAUACUCCAGUCCUCACCACUUCUCCCACCGCCGAUCCAUCCGGCGAGGACGUUACACCCCGACCCACGACUUCAAUUACGCCCAGUGGAUUCAACCCCGGCAAAGCGCUCAGUACACUAGCGCCAGACGUGCAUGGUGCUGCGGUUGGUAUUGGUUCGGUCGAUCACCAGAUAGCUGAGGAUGAGUCCGAAGCUACGCCACGCGCAUCCGACCAGGAUAUGCGGCGUGAGAAAAGUAGAGAGAGGAGGUUGAGGGGGCUCGAUUGGAUGCGCAGGUCGUGAUAUUAUGAACAGGUCUGGAGAAGGGAAUGGGGUUUUGGGGGUUUUGGUGUCGUUGUGCUAUGUCUCCUUUGUGAUGGUUGAUACUUGGUAACUGUUCUCCAACCGGAUGUGGCAUCUUAUACUUUGCUUUUGUUUUCAUUAUUGGCUCCUCUCCCUUUUUUACGAUAUGAUUUGUGACGAUAUAUUAUGAUAUGAAUUCACUUGCUUUCCCUUUUCUGGCCUGUCUUGUCUGAUUUUCUAGUUGUGUUGCGCUGUCUGAAUCUUAAAUUGGGUUGGGUAUUGGGAUUGCGAUUUAACUAGGAAUCAUGUCCAGUUUUUUCUGUUUUGCUUCCACUCAGUGUUGACUUACUUGUGGCUCUACUGCCCCUGUCAUUUCUCGCUUAACUGAACUGAAUUUUGAGCUUCUGGCUUCUCUUGUUUUCCCCCUCUUUUUCUUUUGCGUUAUAUCUUUUUAUCUUAUCUAGUUCUGAAAUGAUUGAUGGACCUGGGAUGGAUUUAUUUUGGCAUAUACUCUUAUCUUUCUUUCUUUCUUUUUACCUUCCAUAUGUCUUGUCGUCGCCGUCUCCUUUCACCUCCCCUUGUCUUUAUUGUAUCUCAUUGCGUUUCUCCGGAAUGAUUCCUUUGGCUUCGAAAUCGACUCGAUUGUAAGUAGGAAGAGGACAGGAAAGAUAGAAGCAGGAAGAGAAAGUCGUUAAACCGAGGCAGACGAACAGUGCUUUUCAACGCCUGCGCAUUGUAAGAUGGUAAGCGGAAAGAUGGGGACGGCGAAUGAACUGAUUGGUUUUUUUUCUUUUCUCUUCUCUGUCUAUGUUACAAUAUUUAUGAGGGUUUAUUUUAUAUAUAUUAUAUAUUAUAUGUGUGUUUACUCAUCGACUCAUUUCUUCUCCUAAAAAGUUACGUCCUUCGCAUAAUUCUUCCCGUGUUUCAUACUUCUUCAAAGUCCCUCUUUAUCUACAUGAUCCUCGCCGUCCAGCUGGGGUAAGAGUUACGGGAAUCGCGCCGAUGGGAUGGGAUUCGGGCGGAUUGCAUUAUGACAAUAGGAAGGGGUGGCAGUUGGAGUUAUUGGCUACCUGCCUACGGAUUAGUUACGUGGGAUUUGAUCAUGACGAUGUGGCUCGCUUAUGCCUCUUCAGAACCACUUUCAAUAUAUUGCUAA